AUGGAGGUGCUGGGUGAAUGGACAUUCCUGUGUAAUGGGGGGGAGUUACCCGGCUGGCAGGCUCAGGACCAGGGUUGCGACCUCUUCAUGGCUGCAGCACAAAUGGGUGUGCAGAGGUGUCGGCUCGCUAAUCGGAUUCUUUUGGCAAAAGAGAGUGCGGCUCCAGUCCUACAGCUGCGGCGACUGGAAAACAGAACUUACCUUGGGUUCGAGCUCUUUGCAAAGCACUGCGGCGAAAGGAAGUAG